CGAUUGGACUUUAUUUAAUAAAUAGGCACAGCUAAGCCUAUUAAUUUCAGCUCAACUGCAUGCCACUCCCAAAUUCUCUUUAAAAUCAGCUCAACUCAACUCAAAUCUACCCACCUAUUCACUACUACAACUACUCUUCUUAUGCAAUCCACAUAAUAUAACAUACAUUAUUUCUUCCUUUGUGGAUCCAAAAGUACCAAAAACGGAUGGCCGAUUCCAACACUACUACUAAUCAUGAGCAGCACACCAAUCAGGUUGAUCAUCAGAUGAUGACUACUACUGCUACUACUGAAAACGAAGAAGAAAAAGUGGUAGUAAAAGUAGUUGAAAUGAGUGAGAUUGAGAAGAGCAAAGUGGGCAUAAUGAGGGCUCUCGUCCACCCACAAGAUCGUUGGAAUUCGAAGGAAGUGGGUGAUGAUUUGAUGCUUCGAAGAUUCCUUCGAGCUCGAGACAUGGAUGUGGAGAAGGCCUCACACAUGUUCCUCAAGUACCUGAGCUGGAGGCACUCCUUCAUGCCCCCCAAUGGUGGCUGCUUCUCCCACUCAGAUUUUCCCAUUGACAUCGCUCACAACAAGGUCUUUAUGCAAGGCCACGACAAACAAGGACGCCCUAUUGUCCUCGUCUAUGGUGGCAGGCAUAAGCCCCACAACGUCGAUGAUCUCAAACGUUUUGUUGUCUAUGCCCUUGAAAAAAUAUGUGCCAGAAUGCAAGGAGGGCAUGAAAUGUUUGUAGCCAUUGGAGAUCUUCAAGGCUGGGGAUUUGCCAAUUGUGACAUUCGUGGAUACCUAGCAGGUCUAUCCAUUUUGCAGGAUUGCUACCCAGAGAGGCUUGGCAAGUUAUUCUUAGUCCAUGUACCCUACAUUUUUAUGACUGCUUGGAAGAUGGUCUACCCAUUCAUUGACAAAAACACCAAAAAGAAGAUAGUGUUUGUGGAUAACAAAAAGCUAAAAGCCACUCUGCUAAACGACAUCGAUGAGGAGCAGCUCCCGGAGAUUUAUGGGGGCAAACUAUCUUUAGUUCCCACUCAAGACUGCUGACUACUCUACUAUAGACUCGUUCAUUCUUAAAUAUAUUCUAUAUAUCAUAAUAAACCGUCAUUUGUUUCAUGAGACUAAUAAUAUGUAUUUAUAUAUCAACGUGGGUAAUAUCCCUUCAAUUUUUUUUAUAUCAUAAUUGAUAAUAAUAUGUGAAAUAUAUUAAUUUUCAUAUCAGAUCAAAUAAAAUUAUAUGUAUUGUCCAUCUCAAUUUAAAA